AUGUUAAUAUUCUUGAUGCUUAUCUUUCAUUCAAUAGGUCGUAUUAAAUUAUGUGGACAAGUUAAUAAUGAAGCUACAUUAAAAUCUUUAGGUGUUGGUGCUGUUGAAUGUCGAAAUUUAUUAACAAAAAAAAUCAAUCUUAUAUCAAGUAGUAUUGGAACUAUUUAUAUAACAGUUAUUGAUGAAAUAAAUAUAACAUUAAGUGGUAUUGCUACUGUUUAUUAUUCAGGUCCAUGA